AUGCCGCCCCGCGCCCAGCGCCGCGCCGCCGCCGCCGCUCCGCUCCGUCUGCGGGCCCCGCCGCCGCGCUCCGCCGGCUUAAAGCCCCGACCCAGCUCGCCAUUGGGCCUCGCUCCCGGGGUCCCGCGCGCCGGCCGUGCUGAUUGGCCGCUGGGGCUUCAUUCACGGCCCCCCUACCGUCCGCUUACAUACUCACGCCCCGGGGGCGCGGCCGCCACGUGGGGAGUGGCGCGGGGGUGGCACUGGGACCGCACCCCCUCUCGUCCUGGCUGCGUGGGCCCCGCUUACCCCUGGUGCAGGAGACUCGGAGCCCGGCAGGUCCCACACUCCACGCGAACUGAAUUCCCGCCCGUCUCCUGCCCGGGCGGCCAAGAGGCGGCGGCGGGGAUUGCGGGCUCCGGGAGGCGCUCAGGCUCCGAGAAGCAGCUCAGCCCCGCGCUCCUCCCUCCGCAGUGCCGCUGCCGGCGGGCCGGGAUUCCCGCGGGUCUCGGCGGCUGCGAGCCGGAGGCGGCGCGGGUCCCGGCUCGGUUCCGGCGCGGCUGCUCACCUCGGCCGCCUUGCCUCCCGCGACUUCAGCCGGCACAGAGCUCUCCUCUGCGCGCCUCCCCGGCCCGUCUCGUUUUCCCUCUUCUCCUUCUAGACCCAGCAUCGCAACUCCGCCGACCUACGCGGCCCCGAGAGCGCGUUGGGUGCGGGUGGAGUCGGACUGGCCCUGGCUUCCCGCCUUGUGCGGGUUCCCCUUCUUCCGGACUCCGCGGACCAGCCCUCCCGGACUUCCCACCUGCAAAAGGGCGGCCCCACCACCUGCCGGAAGAUCUGCCGGCUUGGGCUUUGGAGCAUGAGUGCUCCAGCUCAACUGUUUGCCUGUCGACGGUCCCUCUGGCAUCGCUGGACCUUUUCGGGGAUUGGACUUGGGACUCCUCUCCUCCUGGCUGUGUUUGGAUUCCAGCCUUCCCCGGUUGGACCUCCCUGCUCAGUUCCUUGGGUCAUUCCCAGGCAGCCUCGCCUGGAUACGGUUCCCCUCCUGUGCGGGCUGCUCCCCCAGGGACUGGGGCCGCCAUCCCCGUCUGCCCCAGGCUCCCUGGCCCACGGCCUGGCCCACAGCCGUGCUGGAACACGAGCGUGAUGGAUGAUUCCAGUGCCUCAGCUCCUAUCUUGCAAUCAUCCGAUGGCUCCCCUCCCCUUACAGUCUUCUCCCUUCACUGAUGGUUUUGGAUGGAAUUUAAAAUAAAAAAGAUUGAUUAAAAGUUGGAAACUGUGUAAGUGAAAAUAAAAGCACUUAAGACCAA